AUGACGAGAGAAAAGUCUAUGUUACAAGACCUAACUUUGAUCAAAGGAGGCACAAUAGCUUUUGGAGGAAAGCAGAAAGGCCAAAUCAUUGGACACAAUACAGUUGGUAAUGGAACAUCACCUUCCAUUAAAGAUGUUUUGUUUGUUAAAGCUUUUGAAAAGGGAAAACAAACUAAGAACUCUUUUACCCCAAAGAACUUACUCUCUACCUCCAAACCCCUUGAGCUUUUGCAUAUGGAUCUCUUUGGACAAAGGAAAACAACCUUAGUAAGUGGAAAGAUAACCUUGGCAAGUUUAAUUCGUGCUCACAAAAGUGUACCUUCCUUGGACACUCUGAAAGAUCCAAAGCUUAUUGAGUGUUCAAUAGGGAAACUCAAAUGGUGA